AUGGCCUCCAACACUGGGACUAUGGCAAACCUUCCCAGCGGGGUCGGAAUAUGUACCACCAUCCCCGACAUCCUGUACCUCCCAGAACUGGUUUUUGGUGGUCUGGUGUGGAUCUUGGUGGCAUGCACACUGGUAGUGCCAGAAAAUCCUCAGGGCUGGGUCAUGUUUGUCUCUGUCUUCUGCUUUGUGAUGACUUUUAUCUGGAUGGUGGUGUUCGCCUGUGGGAGACAUCAUAAUAAAGCCAGCUGGGCAGCAGCAGACUUUUUGUAUCACGGCAUUGCUGCAUUCUUCUACCUCAGUGCUUCAGUGGCGUUGGCCAAAGUGACGCUGGAUCUGAGCGGAAAACAGGGCAACAACACAACUACAGAAUCACGCAACUACAAGUUGGACGUCUCUGCAGUGGUUUUCUCAUAUGUAGCCACUCUUCUCUACUUCGUCCACACAAUCCUGUCUGCCAUCCGAUGGAAAUCUUUCUAGAAGCUUCCUCCCUAUAAACCACCAUAACUGCACUAUAACUGAACUGAAUUUCAUUUUGUACAUACGGAAAUGCGGAUAUGACGGGGGUUUGGUGAUGAAGACUGUCAAGUUACUGAUCUGGCUUUUCCCUCUGCUAAAUGAAGGACAAUCUGGAUCUCACUGUGCCUCACACUGCCUCAUGUCUACUGUUAACUUCCAGAAUACCAUACCACAGUAUCACUACUUACAGCCACAAGAUUAAAACCAGGGGCCACACAGUGUGUAGGGACUGGAUAUUUGUGAAUGUGCUGGGAUGCCAAGCACUGGAAUGCGAAAGGUGGAUCCUUUGCACUCCUUAUCCCAGUAAUAAUGGGGUCUGAGAUUAACACCUUAGAUUAGUUUCAG